AUGCAGGCAUCACUUGCAUGCGAUCCUUCUCUUCGUCAAGUCAUGACCGAGGACUUCUGGGGCUCGAUGGGUGGCGGCAACCAGACCAUUCAAGAUCAGUUCUGCGAUACAAGGUGCGGUAACGAUUUAGAAACUUAUCGAUCCACGGUGAAGCAAGCGUGUGCAGGAGACCCACAGCCUCUACCAGGAUAUCCAGCCACAUAUUGGGGAGACUCAGCCUCAGCGGCGUGGAACCAGAUCUGCUUGAAAGACUCGCAGACGGGCGCAUAUUGUGUUGACGUUCUUACUACGUUUUUCAGCGGCUCUACUACAGACAGCGAUGGAACCGACUUGCCUACCGACCAGCUGUGCUCGAACUGUGUCGUGUCGCUGUUCCGCGCCAUACAAAGCACACCUUACUCCAACUACGACGAUACUUUGGCUGCGGUUUGGACAUCUAUCCAGACAACUUGCGGACUCUCAUUUCCAGUUGAUGUCCCACUCUUGGAGACCAACGUCACCACACCAGGGGGUUUUGCUUCCCCUGGAUCUGGUCGUUCCCGUCUUUGCCUGUCCGGUAAUACUUAUAACGUGGUCCCAGGUGAUAAUUGCCAAGUCAUUGCUGAGAAGUCAAACGUGGCGACUGGAACCUUGAUUGCCGUCAACAGCCUUUAUCGCGAUUGCAGUAACCUGCUGAGAGGAGCAACGAUUUGCCUUCCUCCAAGCUGUACCACAUACAAGGUCCAGGCUGGAGAUACUUGUGACGGGGUGGCGAGGCAAGCUUUGGUAACCUUCCAGCAGCUUGUGGCGUGGAAUCCCGCGCUGGACAACUACUGUACCAAUCUACGCUCGGGCGAGAACAUUUGUGUCAGCCCUCCUGGAGGACAUCAAUCACUGACCACAAUACCUGGUGCCACUGUCACUCAAACGGCGGUCUACGGCACCACUACAGUAGCUCGCCCAGUCCCUGUUGCGAGUGGAACUACACGGAGCUGCUCAAAGUACUAUCAGGUCCAGUCAGGUGACUACUGUCAGCUCAUCGCCCUUAACAAUGCAAUCACGUUAGGUCUUUUCAUUGCCAUAAACCCCGAAGUCGACUCCAGCUGCACCAAUCUCCUAACAGGAUUCUAUUACUGUGUCCAGCCGACCGAGAAUUGGAACCAGACAGCCACCUCCACCGUCGUCAAUCCACCAGCAUCUACUCCGCCAGGCACAACAGCCAGUUGUUAUGAAUACUACACGGUUCAAUCUGGUGAUUACUGCGACAAGAUCACCAACAUGUAUAGUAUCACGAUAGGCCAGCUGCAGUUCUGGAAUCCGGAUCUGAAAGCCGACUGCUCGAAUCUCCUUCUCGGUGUAGCGUAUUGUGUGAACGGGGCGGAGCAGCCUCCUGCCAAUAUCGUGACGCCCUUCGAGAACGACCCGGUCGCUAGGGUGAAACGUACAGCGACAGGGGCGACGGCGGCGAUGAUGCCAAAGAUGACUGGCGCUGUCAUGGAGGGUGGUGUACCGUACGGAUGGCCGGGUUUGAAGGCAAGGGGAUUUCAGGACAGUGCUGUCAAUGUGGUCGCCGCUGUCGCACCAGAUGAACACCACCAUGACAAUAUCAACGACCUGCCGGGCGAUAACGAGGAGAAUCAUCAUUAUCGCCAUCAACAUCAUCAUAAUCACCACCACCACCAUGGACACGGCAACCACUAA